AGUAAAUCAAGCGUUUUAUUUCUCUAACAUUGUGCUGAGAAAGCCAAUAUGGAGGCAAAAGUGUAAAGCCAAUUCAGGUUUGGAGUUAAUAAUAAGAAAUCAUAUUAAAGCGAUUAAAUUUAUCACUGAAUCAUUGCGCCAACAUGCCGCUUGGGUCAAAGCCGAUUUGUUCGACAUGUAAAACAGGAAACUCGGCAAUAUGGAGGAAGGGAGGAGACGGGGAAGUGCUUUGUAAUGCGUGCAGUUUGAAAAAUGGAGGAACGAACGGAAAAGACGGCAAUGGAAUUAACGGGUCUAUCAUUUUAGUGAAGUCCAAUGGAAGCAACGGAGGAGCUGGGCCCGUUCUAAGAAAGAGUGCAAGGAUCAAACCGUCAAAACACAAGUUCCAAUCUGUGGCAAAAGCGGUAGCUACGAAAGGGAAAAGUCGAAGAAUAAUUUUCAAGAAGAGUCAACCAGUGAAGGCACCCACAGCUAUCUCUACAGUAAUUACAGGCGAAAGUGUUUUCCACGAUGGUAGCUAUUUUCAAAUUGGAGACAUAGUGUCUCUGGUGGACCACGACUCAUCUGUGUACUACGCACAGAUCCGAGGAUUCAUGAAGGACCAAUACAACGAAAAAAGUGCCAUAAUUUCCUGGCUCCUGCCGUCACAGAGUAGUCCGACAGAUAGGUUUGAUCCUGCCACAUAUAUAUUAGGACCUGAGGAAGAUCUACCAAGGAAAAUGGAGUUUAUGGAAUUCGUUUGUCACGCACCUUCCGACUAUUUCAAAUGUAAACAGGGCCCGUACCCAACAAUAUCUCGGGAUCCAAAUUUGUGUUACGUGUGGACAAACAUUCGACAACCCAUACAAGUUCACUCAAACAUAGACGAUUUGUUCACUGUUAAGGAAAGGACAAAAGACCCAACAUUGACCAAGAAAAUUGUCAAAGAGAAAGAAGGUGGAAAAGGGAAAGAAAAAGAGAAAGUUGAAAACGAGUGAAUUGUAAUCAAAGGAAUUUGUUGUACAUAAGAUUAAAGAUACACGUGACUGCAUUAUUAAAGAAAACUGUAAAAUUUAGACUGAU